GUAUAAAAUCAUAAGAAUCCGCUGUUGAAAGUUAUCUACACAUUUGCCUGUGAAAUUUUGUUUCAAGAAUUAUUUUGCGAUAUCCAGCAACAGUCAUGAACAUAUUUAUGACCUUGUCCGUCUUAGUCGUAUUGCUUUAUAUUUUCAAAGUUGAUGCACAUCCUCAUGAUAGUCACGACAAUGAUCAUGAUUGUCACGACGAUGGUCAUGAUAGUCACGACAAUGAUCAUGAUAGUCACGACGAUGGUCAUGAUAGUCACGAGGCUCACUAUUAUGGUGAUGAGGAUCACCAUCAUGAAAACCAUCAAAGUCAUGAAGAAUGUGAAGAGGAAUGCGAGGAACAUUCCCAGCAAUCAGGUUAA